AUGGCGCUGCUGUGCAAAGAAAGAGCGGGCACCGAGGCUCGGGGUUUAAAACUGGCAGGAGGGGUUGGGGAGAGAGCCCUCGCUGAGCUGCUGGCCUCGGCUCGGAGGGCUGGGGGCUCCGGAGCCCUUGAUACGGAGUUUACUGGCUUAUAUUCAACUUUCCCACAGAGCAGCGAGCCCAGCCUGUUUGAUUCCCCUGUGGAGCGGUAUCUGAAGAUCAGGCAGAGUGUUCAGCGCUUCACUGUUACUCAGCUUGGUCUGGCAAUAUUCUCAAAAGAAAAUUCAAACAAGUAUGUGGUGCAUUCAUACAACUUUUUUCUCUUUCCCUCAAUGCUGGGAGUUAGGGAUGUCGAAUUCACCCUCUCUGCAUCUAGCAUUCAGUUCCUGUCUCAUUAUGGCUUUGACUACAAUAAGUUCCUGAAAGAUGGAAUCCCAUACAUGAAUGAGGUACAGGAGAAGAUCCUUAGGCAGCAUCUCUUAGCAGGUAGCUGGACAUUCCACAGCACUAGUGCUGCGAACAGGGAUGUGCUGAGGAAAGCUAUUGAUGAAGUGACCUGUUGGAUAGCUGUAGCAGAGGAAGAGGAGACUAUGAUUCUGCAGGAUCUGAGUGACUGUCAUGUGCUUGAAGUUCAGCUAGUUCUGAGGCAGGCUCUCCAAAAUGUUUGGACGGAGCCUCUUGGAAACAAGAAGGUAAUGGUGAAAAAAGUGAGUCCACAGCAUCGUCAGCUUCUGGAGAACUCUUCCUGCGACCCCUGUCAGACAGAGCUCAUUCUCCUGUCUGCCCGCGGCUUCACCAACCUCUUCCAGAUACUUGUUGAAGCCAAGAAGCCCCUGGUGGGACACAACAUGCUUAUGGACCUUAUGCAUCUUCACGACAAGUUCUACAAGCCCCUUCCAGAAAGUUAUGAGGAGUUUAAAAGGAACAUUCACAACCUGUUUCCUGUCCUCAUAGACACCAAGACUGUAACAAAAUCUAUGAAGAAGAAUUAUCUGAUUCCUCGAGUAUCUAGUCUUUUGGAGGCGUAUACAGUUUUGUGCAGCAGCAGCGUAAAUCCCAAAGAUCCACUGUGGCCAGUUAUAGUUCUUGCAAGUGACUGCUCAAGAUACGCUGAGAAGGAAUCUCCUCAUGAAGCUGGCUAUGAUGCAUUUCUCUGUGGUUCAGUUCUUCUGAUGUCAGCUCAUUUGCUACUGCGCAGAUCCACCGAUGAUGCAGUGGAGGCUGAUCCUUCUUUCUCGCAGUAUCUCACCGCGUUAGCUGAGCAUGUGAACCAAGUGAAUUUCAUACGAGGUGGCGUUUCAAGCAUUAAUUUUUCCGGGGAAGAUGCUCCCUGCCAUCGUCCCCCUGCCUUGGUUGUUCAUGUCCAAGGCUGGCCAGGGCUGAACGAGAGACAGAUUUACCAGGAGUUUAAAGGUCUUUGUCGCUUUGAUGUCAGACGGCUUUCAAAGAACCAGUUCAUUCUGCUCUCCAAUAAAUACAAGCACGUCAGGCUUGUCCUGCGGGAUUACAAGGACCACCCUCACCUGCAGGUUUCCGUCUAUCGCCACUGGAGGCACUCUCCACGUGUGAACUGCCUGCUGCAAGUCUCUGGUAUUGUGGCACUGUGGUCGCUCUUGGCCUUUGUACUUGGAGGAGCUCCUAGCUGUUCACUCUAAAGGACUGCCUUGGAGAUGAGACAUGAGGAACACAGAUCUUAUUUCUUGUAUUUGUGUUUUGUUUAAUUUCGUUCAAUAAACUAUUAGCAAAAAAAACCCAAACU